UCGAUUUUCUUUUAGCCCGCUGCUCUAGAGUUCACUAUCAUGCUUUAGGAAUUUCCAUUUUUUUCAUUUUGGAAAAAAAACAAAAAAACAAAAACAAAAACAGUCUGUUACUAUUCGUUUUUAUUACUUCAUUCCCACGAUAGUGGAAAAACAAAACUUAUUCUAUAAUGUCACGUUUAGUAUACUUAGUCUUCUUGCUAGCAGUGGCAAAAGCUAGCAGGAACACUUUACAGCAAAAGACUGAAGUCGACGCAGGAAAGCCCAAGUUAGCAGUCACAAUAAAGCUACCAAGGAAUGUAACCAUUCCGGGAGUCAUAGCAUUUGGGGAUUCAAUAGUGGAUAGUGGAAACAAUAACAAUCUCCGUACAAUAUUGAAAUGUAACUUCCCUCCGUACGGUCAAGAUUUUCAGGGUAAAUUUGCUACCGGAAGAUUUACUGAUGGAAGAGUUCCAUCUGAUUUCGUGGCCGAAAGGUUAGGAAUAGCUAAAACAAUACCAGCAUACUUAGAUCCUGCGCUGAAAGGCAAGGAUCUUCUAAAGGGUAUAAAUUUUGCUUCGGGUGGUUCUGGUUACGAUCCUUUGACAGCUAAAAUAGUGAGAGUGGUAUCCUUAGAGGAUCAAUUAAAAUAUUUUCAAGAGUAUAAAGAAAAAAUAAAAGCAAUAGUUGGGGAGGAGAAAGCUAAAUUUAUGGUGGAAAACAGCCUUUAUCUCGUCGUUGCCAGCAGUAAUGAUUUAGCUCAUACCUAUAUCGCACGUUCUCAGCUAUAUAACAGCACUGAAUAUCCUGAUUAUUUGGCUGAUAUGUCUUCUAAAUUUGUGAAAAAGCUAUAUGGACUUGGAGCCCGAAGAAUUGCAAUAUUUAGUGCAGUUCCGGUUGGAUGUUUACCAUCACGCAGAACUCUUAAUGGAGUAAAGAGAAAAUGCUCGGAAAACCUAAACAAGAUGGCUCUUCAGUUCAAUGCAAAACUAUCGCCAGGAUUGGUGGCUUUACGAAAAAAGUCGCCGGGGAGUAAAAUUGUAUUUGUUGACGUAUAUGACAUUCUUCAUAACAUGAUUGAAAAUCCUAAAAAAUAUGGAUUUGAAGUGGCAAACAGAGGGUGCGGAACAGGACUAUUUGAAGUCUUAAUACUGUGCAACAAAAUCAAUCCUUUUACAUGCAAAAAUGCAUCUUCGCAUGUUUUCUGGGACAGUUACCAUCCAACUGAAAAAGCUUACCAAGUAAUUGUUGAUAAGUUGUUAGGCAUAUACAUUCCGCAACUAGUUUAACUAUAGUCAUUUUGUAAUAUACUGUACUAGAUAUCUGUCUAGCACACUGCGGAAAUAUAAGAAACAAAAAUAAUGUUUUUGAUAAUAUGUAAAAUUUUGUUUGAAACAAUAUUUUUAGCAGUUUUUUAAGAGAGUUCACACAUAUAAAGAAAAUAUGAUUUAGAACUUAAAUAGAAAAACUUAAAUAGAAAAAUUGAUGGAGUCAACUCUUUAAUCUGAAUUUGGCACAUAUCGGAAGUAGGCACAAAUUCGAUGUUGAAUUAUUUGAAAGAUGUUUACUAAGAGGUCAAUUAUUACAAUAGAAAAGAGUAAGUACUCGUAAAAGCUAUGAUCUCUCGGAAAGAACGAUAAAGCUAUGUAAACUUAGUUCUUGUGCCGACCUCAGUGAAUGUUCAUCCUGAAAAUGUUCUCGUUGGGGAAGUAUCAUGUGAUGUCAAAGUUGACCAAUACAAACCAGAUCACCGAACUUGGGCACCCUUCGGGUUUGACUCGCUUAAGUUUUUGAGUGGCUUCAAUUAUCUAAUUUAUCCUUGACUUAUCGUUUCUGAGUCAUGCAACCCAUUUUCAUUUUGUUUCUAUUGUUGGCCAUUGUACAUUGACCUCUUUGAAGAAUCAUCUUAUCGUAAUGUUAACUAUAUCAUUCAUAACUUUCCCUAAGAAAGCGUAAACGAAAGAAAAAUGUGAAAUUUCCCUCAUUUCUCCACCCUAGCGGAUCAUAGCACAUAUCAUCUCGUAGGAUAGAAAUACGAAAGUAUGUUACGUUUACAUAUUUCCAUAUUUCCAAAUGUUAAAUUGUUGUUGGAGCGAUAGUAUUAACAUAAUGCAUUUUUGUGGUAUUAUGGAUUUCACGUCUGUGUGUUC